CUUCACCUCGACUGCUCAGUCAUGGCGUCUCUCUCUGUUGCCGGCUCGACGUGCCAAAAGCCAGACACGUACGCAUAUCUCUGUCACCUCCAAGAGAUGAAACAGUGGAUGGAGUCUUUACUCAAACGGUCGCUACCGCCGGUCGAAGAGCUCGAGGAGCGUUUGAGGAACGGAGUGCUGCUCGUGGAGCUUGGAAAAGUAUUCCUUCCCGGUGAUUCGCUCUGGUCUAGAGCGUACGACAUGAACGAAAGUCGCUACAGAGAGCGCGGUCUCGAGUUCCGACACACCGACAAUACCCUAAUUUGGUUGAAGUCGUUGGAGAAACUGGGACUGCCGCCGGUCUUCUAUCCUCACGUCACCGACGUCUAUGAGAAGAAAAAUAUGCCCAAGUUGGUGUAUUGUCUGCAUGCGCUCAGCCAUUAUCUGAAGAAGGAAGGGGAGAUUGACACUGCAGUUUCUGAUCUCUAUGGAGAAGCUCAAUUUUCAGAAAAAGCCGUAGAAACAGCACAAGCAACACUAGAGACAACCGCAGAUAUACCUUCUAUUGAAGUUGUAGAGGAUUUAGUAGAGGAAGAACUUCAAUAUCAAGGAAUGGACGUUCUAAAGGCAAACAUAGAUCGACUAAGAGCACAACUUGGAGAAGAACCGUUGGCGACGUCGGCAACCGUCACCGCACAACAAGAAACUCCGCCAUCACCGAUAGCAAAACCGACGUUAACACCAAGACAACAGGAUAUAGAGCUUAUCUAUGAUUCAGCUGAUUCGGCGAGAGCCACAGCAUCAUUGAACGGUAAACUUGAUCAACCUCACAGCCUUUCUCCGCCGCCCAGUCCAUCGACGAUCUACGGCGAAGUGAGAUGCAACAAGGAUGGCGUGACGGCUGUGCUGUACGCGAAAGUCGACAAAGAGGCGGUGAGGAAACGAAAGGAGCAGCUGGCAAAGGAAGGCCUCACGCCGUUAGAGGCGGCCGUGAGGGACAUAAAUCGGAGCCUGGAUGCGAACGAUCCCUUACAAACGCUUAAAGCAUUACAGAACGAUGCGGCGAAUCUACCGAACGUGUUCAACGAACCGGAUCGAUAUCACUACUCGCUUCUGGCCGAACGAAACUUGGCGAUGCCGGAAAAUGCUCUGGUGGUCUACAACGGCAUCACUCGUGACGAUACCGAACGACUUCUAUCGAGUAUGAGUGCCGGAGCGUAUCUCAUUCGAUGCAGCAGUGAUACGAAUCACGUCUUCUCAUUCAGAAAUCAGACCGGGAUUAAACAUUGGAAAAUCGAUUUUAAAGAUGGAAAGUAUUUUUUAGGUUCUAGUGCACCGUACGACUGCCUUGCACAUUUAAUUGAGGCUCUUCUCAAGAAUCUCCGAGAGCGAACGAGUCUGGCUGUGUAUCCUGGUGUGUCUGCUGAGCUGCGGGCGUCCUCAAACUUAGCAGUUGAACUUUCAGAGGUUUUGAAAAAGCUGCACUUGGAGAGCGGUUGUGAGCUAUCACAUGAGCAGAUUCGUCAAGUCGUCUUGGAUACUAACGAACACAUUCGAGCUCAAAUGAAAGCCAUGAUGUCGUCCGAACCCGAGUCAACAAAGCAGCCCGAGUCAGCAAAGCAACUGGACAACUCUGCGCCUCCACCACCCCCGGCAGGAGGAAUGUCUCGCGUUCGACCGAGCAUGAAGCGUUUGGUCUGGAAUAAAGCGAUGAUUUUGAAUCUUAAUCGGCAGCAGUCCGAAGCUUACUUAAGAGACAUCGGCCGACCAGGGUCGUACAUUGUGCGUCCAAGUGAAAGUCAAGUCGGUGACUUCUCAAUCACUUUCAGAACCAACUCUGAGACGAGACACUGGAAGGUGAGUCAUCAGAAUGGAGGCAAACUGGUUAUUCAUCCGCAGCCACAAAUGUACGACAGUUUGGAAUCGGUCAUACAGUUCUUUGAAACGACCAUAAGCGCUGCCACCGGUCUAAGGAUGAUCCCGUUGGUUCCACCAACUCGAAAAGCCAGUGUUCCACAACAGCAGAUACCAGCGCAACAGUCCAAGUCGUCUCCACGUAUGACGCCUCGUCGUGCGUCGUCCCAAGGCGUCGCUCAGUGGACUGUCAGCGACGUGGCCGAGUGGCUGCAUCGUGUUGGUCUCGGUGAGUACGCAGAGACGUUCCGUGUAAAUGAAGUCGACGGUCAAUGUCUUCGGUCACUCAACAAUGAAAUGUUAAAGAACGAUCUCAAUGUCGCGGCGUUGGGUAAUCGACAGCGAAUACUACGAAAGCUCCAGGUGUUGCAGAACUAGAUCGACCACGUUUCUCUAACUCAUGUUACCAUGAAUUUCUUAUUGUCAUGUUUUUAUUGAUAUCAACUACUGUGGGAGUUUUAUUUUAUGUGGAGGUGGCGAGUUGUACGGAUGUAAUCAGGUUGGUAGGUGGUGACUCUCUGCAUGCAUGUAGGGAUGUAUGUAUGUUAUACAUAUAUGUAUACGUGUACAACAAGGUGUAGAUCUGCGA